AUGAUCAAAAGUUUUGCCCAGGAUAUCGCCAAAAUUGAGGUCGGAAAGGACUGGCCGUAUAGCUUCGUCCGACGUAACAGCGAUGAGCUCGGUUGCACUUGGUUCGACGGUUUUGAUAUCGCAAGAAAGAGAGCAGACAAUGCUUCUAGAUACAGAGCCUACUAUGAGCUUAUUGGCGAGAAAAUCGAGAAAUACGACAUCCUGCCUUGCAACACGUAUAAUGUGGACGAAAAGGGCUUUCUCCUCGGCGUCAUCAAUCGUACCAAGAGAGAUGGCAACAGAUCAUGGAUCACGUUCCUGGCAUGUGUCUGUCAAGACCUGACAGCGCUACCCCCGUUUCUCAUCUACCAAGGCAAGCCAGGGCAAGUUCAGGACUCCUGGCUCACGGAGUUUGAUCCGGAGCACCAAGCGGCGUUUUUCACAACCUCAGAAACGGGUUGGACGAACCAUGAACUUGGAAAGGAAUGGCUCAUUGGUGUUUUCGACCGGUUCACGAAAGAAAAGGCGCGAAACGGCCGGGAUUACCGCCUCCUGAUUACCGACGGACACUCUAGUCAUGUCAAUAUGGACUUCCUGGAGUGGUGUGACCAGCAUCGGAUAAUCGUUGCCGUGUUUCCGCCGCAUUCCACGCACAGGCUGCAGCCCCUUGAUGUGUCCCUUUUUGGCCCUCUUUCGACCGCAUACACCAACCAGCUCAUCCAGUGGACUGCAAAGACACAGGGACUCAUCGGGCUAUCGAAACGCGAGUUCUGGUCGUUAUUUUGGAACGCAUUCGGGUCAUCUUUCUCGGCGGAGAACAUCGCAAGUGGUUGGAAACGGACCGGACUCCUCCCAUUUGACCCUGAAGUCGUUUUGUCGCAGAUCGCGGAGAAAACAGAAGAUGAGUCUGAGUCUGGCGACAGCUCCGUUGACUCGCUCGCCCUGCAGCAGCCCACUGCUCGGGAUUUGCGCCGACUUGUCGACAAGAACGAAUUGCUUCGAUAUGAGAAUCAGGGACUUCGGGAGACUAUCUUUCACGAAAAGCAGCGCAGAAUGCGCGAUCACCGGGAAAUCCCUUAUGGUCCGCCGCCCGUCAGAAUCCGGUCGCUGGGGCUCGUCGUCAAAUACGGAGCUGAAGUCACAAUCGCAGAAGCUCGCACGCAGAUGAUGACCUUCAUCUACAUGGCCUUAGUUGACGGCUGCACCUUGGAGGAGAAAUGGGGCCACCUCGACGAAGAUGCUAGACACGCCAUCUGCGAGCAACUCAAGCACAUGGUUAAGGCGUGGAGAGCUCUCAAACCGCAAACGCAUGAGCCUUUUAUUGGCAGCCUGGGCGACAAUCCUCUCAACGAUGUUCUCCUCGCCUAUCAUCCCAACCUCCAGGGGCCAUUCUACGGCGCCGACGCCGCUAGACAGUUUCAAAAUGGCUGUGGAAUCGACAUCAGCGCUCAAGUACCCAUUGUCUUCACACAUGCCGAUCUCCUUGCACCCAACAUCAUCCUAUCGCCAGACUCAAAUCCAACAGUGGCGGCCGUCAUUGACUGGGGCCAGGCUGGAUGGUAUCCCUCAUACUGGGAGUAUUGCAAGGCCAGAUACAUCACAUUGGAUCCAGCUUACUUUAGCGACGCUCUUCAGAAUGAAUGGCGAACCAAAUAUCUGCCAACCAUUCUCGAUCCGGUAGAUGACGAGACGUUCUAUCACCCUUGGCUUUAUUUUGUCUUGUCCAAGGGCAUAUGA